AUGUAUCCAGUAAAUAGUGGUAAUGGGCCUCCAGUUUCUUCUCAAGGAAAUUGGCCAUCAGCCUCCAACGCAUCUAGCUCUGCGCAGCAGCGAACUGUUCCACCGCAAACGAUCUCAUUUCCAUCAACACAACCUCAAGGCAUGAUGAGAUCAAGGAUUUCUCCAACAGGAGUGACAAUUAUUAAUCCCUCUUCCAAUUCAGAAUCACAACCCGCAUCUCCUGAUCAAGUUCGUAGCAGCUAUCUUUGCCUCCUUGGACUAGCCGAAUUCUUCCGUAAAUCCAGUCCGCCAAAUAUUCGGCUUGCCAUACAUUGCCUCAAAGCCAUUCUUGUCUACAAACUACCUGUUAAUUUUGAGGCGAGAACUCAUCUCCAGCUGGGGAAACUACUUUUCAUGUAUAGCAAGAACGACGAUUUAAUCAAACUCCAUCUUGAUAAAGCUAGGGUCCUUAGUGCUCACUUGCGAGCUCCAGAUGAUUUAAUUAAAUUUGAGGCUGCUGACCUUCUCGCAGACUUCUUUGAAAGAAAAGGCAAAAGAUAUGAGGCUACUUGCAUUCUCAACGAUACCCUUAGGUUUUCCCCAGAUAAUCCUUAUUGGCACUGUCGGCUGUUACUUAAACGGGCUCAAGCCUGUGUUGCAGAUAGGGAUAUUAAUUCCGCUUGUGAGCUGCUUGCCCGGGGGUCAGAAUUCGCACAAAGUCGGGAAUCAGAAUAUACUCGCGGUCUCUUUUUGCUCAGUAAAUGCAUGUUAUUGCUAGCAAGUAGGCAGUUGCCUGAAGUGACUAACACUCUUACAGUUGCCAACCGAUUGAUUGAAAAUCUCAAUGGGACUAAUUAUCAGAGGGAGGCGUUGCGGUUAUUCUAUCUCAUCAAUCAUGUCUCCCUUUUCCUACUGGCUGGUCGGGCCAAAUCAGCUCUUCCUAUCCUGCGACAACUUCAACAGAGCAUUCAGUAUUUUGCUUCGAUGGAAGAAAUGAAUGUACAGAACACGAAAGAAGUGGAUCGUUUUCAAUGGAUGCCUCGUGAAUACAUAAUUAUUCUCAUCUAUCUGAUCACAGUGAUGCAGUAUAUGCAAUCGGGAUCCUUACAACGCGCUCAACAUGCUGCCGAAAAGGCUUUUACACGAAUUGACAACCUUUCUGAUUUUGACACCAACCCCCUCCUCACUGUCUUCAAACUCUCCCUCCUCGAACACACCAUCAUGUGCCGGCUGGUGAUGGGGAAGAACACGAAAGCUGUGGAGGGAGUGGGUCUGGCUUGCAGGAUCUGUCAUGUGAACCCUGCACUCAUGCAUCGUAGACGGCCGCAGCUCCACACACUGAUUGGGCUCUAUGCUAUGUCCAUGAACUGCAUGAAUCAGGCCGAGAAACAAUUUAAUCUUGCAUUAAGGUAUAUGGCUGAAUCUCAAGCUGGUGCAGGUAGUGGUGGUAGCAGUGGUAGUUCACGAGUUCCAGGUCCAGCACCCAGUUCCUCAGCUCCUCACACUUCCUCAUCCGUCGCACCAUCCACUUCAACUGCCGGUGCUGGUAACUUAGCAAUUCCCGGAGGCAUUGAGGGGGCAAAUUCCAUCGUUGAAGGCCCCACUACUGAUUUUUCCUCCACUCUCUCUGGUGGACCGCGCGACUUCUUAUCAGUGCUUAUAUGCCUCAAUCUCGCUUUGGUCUACAUCCGCAAAGGGGAUAUUAGGUCCUGCGAGUCCAUCGUCAAGGAGGUCUUCACAUCUGGUCUCCAAGUCUUGGAGGGCUGCUACUGUUUGCGAGCAGCUGCGGCUUAUGUAAGGGGUUUCCAGGCUUUUAUUGAGGGCAAUUUCCCCGAAGCCAAAGCUAAUCUCCGCGAAACUAUUCGGCUGAGUCAAGAGGAAGAGCUCAAUCGACUUUCCACAUCGGCCUUCAUCACUCUUGGUCAAAUCCAGUUGAAUGAAAGAAACAUUCAGGAGGCGAAUACGUUGAUAACCAAAGCAAUAAUGGUAGCAAAAAAACUACCCGACAUUGGUGUUCAGUUGUGGGCGACAACAUUACUGAAGGAUCUUGCAAACCUUCGCCAAAUGCCUGAGGAGGAGCGACAUUGGUUUGCUGAACACGAUCAGUUUUCUCAAGCCAUUAUCAAUGAACAUAUGCAGGCGAACAAUUCCCCUGAGCAUAAUCUUAUCAAUGUAAGUUUAAUGCAAUCAAUUAAAUUUGUUCACUUUUCUUUAAGAUAUUAG